AACAAGACUCGUAUAUAAAGUUCGUGACAUUCAGUUUAAUAAUACACUUUGCUUAUACACUUAAUCAUCGCUUUAAGUUUGAUAAAAUAAAUUAAUAUAUUUAUUAAAAAAUGGAUAUAAAUGAACUAAUUAUUAAAGAAGUUAAGAAAUAUGAAAUUUUAUAUAAUACGCAACUUAAGAUUACAGAAAAAGUGGGAUCAGAGACGAAAAGUGGAAGGAAGUUGCAAAGAAUGUUAAGGAGGAUAUGAUUUUGUAAAAAAAAAUGGAAAAGUAUGAGAAUUGGUUAUAAUAGAUAUAAAAAUAAAGAAGUCAUGCCAUCUGGGAGUAAUCAAAAAAAUUGUAGGCCGUAUAAAUACGCCGAAAGUUUAUCAUUUUUGGACAAGUUUCGAAAUACACAAGCGAAGAAAUUGCUUCCUCAACGGCUCAAUCAUCCGCAAAAAUCCAGCCAGGUGCCAAACAGAGAUGAAGCUGAUAUAUAUGGUGAAUCGUGGAUAGUCACAUAUCGUAAGCUGGCGCCAGAUCAGAAAGUUUUAGCUAAACGUCUGAUAGAUGAAACUCUUGUGUUCGCGGAAUUGGGCCAGCUGGCGGUGGCCAGUUCAAUUGAUACUGGAGAAAACAAUAUUACUCCUACAUUUGAUCCCAAUAUAAAACAACAAUCUAACACCACUAAUCCAACACUAUCAUCAAUACAACACCAUGGAAUACCAAAUAGAAGAAGUAGUUUACGACCUCGUGUUCUUUCAAUUUGUAGAAACUAGCAUUGUCCUUAUCAUGAAAAUCGAGCCAGGAAAUGUGAACCAUCUUGUACAUUUUCAAAUGAAAAUUCGAGAAACUAAAAUAAUUUGCAGAAUAUGGGCUGAAUAUCAAACCAGGGAAGUGUACAGAUAUACACAUACAUAUGUAAAUUGUUAUAGAUAAUUUUUUGUAAAUAAUAUCGUUUCGAAAGUUACAGAACACAGGCACUGGUUUGUUUGUUACUAAACCACUCUCAUUAUAUUAUAUUAUUAUUAUUUUUAUUUAAAACUUCUGUAUCGUUUAGUGUUUAAUCAAUUUCAAAAUAUUUCUAUGUGGAGGGUACAAUAAAGAAAAUUUAUUUUUUUAUCGCA